GAGUCAGCAUCUCUAAUUUCUGUCUCCCGAUAAGAGGAGAGAGAGAAAACACGCUCUUUCCUCGAGGACACUUUGCUCUCUGGAGCAUUUGGCUGCAAGUCGUUCAUCGAGGUCCCGUCAGGAGUUGGACCAGCCAGCGAGGGAGACGUCCAAAGCGCAAAAAAAAAAAAAAAAAGGCACAAGGACGCACGGGAGGACAGUAAACCAGAGGCGCGAGGAGAGGAGAGGUGACCCGGCCGAGGCGACAUGUUUGGCAUGAUCAAGAACUCGCUCUUCGGAAACACCGAGGAGACUGAAUACAAGCUGCUGAGCUCUGAGACGAAGGAUGGAGUGAGCUUUGAGGUGCGGCGAUAUGAUGCUGGCAAAUACGCCGUUGUCUCCUCCGAGGGACGAAGCUUUGACCAAGCCACGGGGGAGCUGGUGAGGAAGCUGCUCAUGUACAUCGGCGGGAGCAACGAACAAGGUGAGGCCAUGGGUACAGCCGCCCCCCUCAUCAUCACGGUGUACCCACGGAAUGACGGCGUUCUGUCUCGUCGGUUGGUGGUCGGCAUCCGUGUCCCCGCCUCGUACCAGCAAAGCCCCCCGACUCCCAGCGACAGUGCUGUCAGGAUUGAGGAGCGGCCCGGCAUGACUGUCUAUGCUCUUCAGUUCGGAGGCUUCGCAGGAGAGAGCGAGUACCGAGCUGAGGCCUUGCGUUUGACGCGCACCCUGGGGGAGACCGCCCCCUUCCAGCGCAAGCAGUACUUCUGCUGUAGCUUCGACCCUCCGCUGAAGCCUUACGGACGCCGCAAUGAGGUGUGGUUCCUACAGGAGGAGCCGUAGGAGUCGCCGGAUCGCAGUCGAAUUCUCCUGCUGAAUUCUUUCUCCAACCAUAACCACCCUUUUACUCCUGUAGCUCUAACAGUGUUAGAUUGGUCAGAGCAAUAUGGCGUCUUUAUUGACCUAUGGACACACACGGACACACAGAUUACCCAUGUUGCCUUUACCCGUUUCAAUCUUCUUGUUUAUCACAUUUACUCUAUAGUUGCCUCGCUGGCGUUAAGUGUUCGAGCACCGGGAGGAUUUAGAACAUCAGUGCAGCAGCAUCCUCUCAGUUCAUUUUCACUUUUUUCUAUAUUUUAGUUUGGAACUUAAACUCACAAUUUGCAGCUCGGAAACAAAAAACCUGGUGAUGACAGUGACUGAAGGCUUCUAGACAAACGUAGUGUUGAGAAGUGAAGGUACGUUUUGGAAUCACAUGUAUUUCAUGCAGAAAACAGGAGUUCAUUUCUCUAAUUCAAGAGAAAAUAGAUCUUACAGACUUUAGUUAACUUGGUAUGCUGCUGCCACAGGCGUGAAUCAGGAAGCAACUCAACUGAACAGAUUUGAGAAUUAAACGUUCGUCCAGACGAGAAGAUAAAGUCCCUGUAGAGCCCCCCCCCCCCCCCCCCGAACAACUUCACUGAUACUUUAACUAUGGAUCCAUGAGACCAAACAACAUGGGUGAUGCUAAACCUUCUACUCAUCCUCAUCUGUGUGACCUCCGGAGGCGGGGCGCGACCUCCGAAGAGCAUCUCUGAGAAGGUGGCUCCUCCUCUUGACUGAACACCUCAGAGACGGGGACAUUGUUUGGUCUCUUGGACCCAAAGUCCACCAUUAUUUCAUCCUUCCAUUAUCUAAAUUAUCUAAAAGAAAUAACAUCACCCCUGAGGGAAAUGUAAAGAUACACUUUAAUUACAAUUCAAUUUAUUCACUAGACUUAAUCAUAUGCAAAAAAAAUAUCCAAGACUCCCACUCACUGUGCCUGAACGCACGAGGAAAGGUCAACACACUCACUGAGAGCACUUUCCUUCCAAUUUACAUUAAAAAAGAAAAUUCGAACAACUGUCUACCUGCUCAACCAGGCGAUUCAUUUGAGACACGGAGGUAAAAUCACGUGACGGAACAUCGUCGGGCUUUGCACAUCUGUAAUGUAGUUUACGGUGAGAAUUAACAUCAGAUACAUGGUAGUAAAAAGCACACAUCCUUUUCCUGAGUGAGGAACUGGAAGAAACAGGAACUGAGCCAUUAAGUAGAACUAGUCUUUAUGAAUUGAUGUGUGGACAGCCGUGAGUGGAAACGAACUAGUUAGCCGAUAGUGUAGUUACAAACUUUGUGAUUAUAUGUUGGACUGGAAAGAAUUUGUGUCGUGAAUAUUUUGUGUUCAGUGCAUGACAAUGCCAUCUUUAUGAAUUCAGACUCUUGAGACUGUGUUCUGUGAUACAUGUGUACAUUGUGAUUUUAAUGUGAUAAGAGUGAAUAUGAUGUUCAGGUUUGGUAGUUUCAUAACAUAUUAAACAUGUUAUUCAGUUA